AUGCUCAACAAGGAACCGCUGACGACAGAGCGCGUCUCGUACAUUGCGUCGUUUGACAAGCACGCGGACGGCGCCGAGUAUGGCGAGACCAAGACGCCCGGCGAGAUCGAAGAAGGCGCGCUGCGUGGCGGCGACGCCCCCGUGUACACAUCGCCUGAGGUGCUCGCGAUCAUCUACCAGUACGCGAUGGUCGGUAUCGUCUACGGCGGCUUCACUGUAAUGAAGUACCCGAUUCUGACCGGGUACUUUGCGCUUGAGACCAACGUCUUGAGCUCGGCGACCGCGCUCUUGACGCUCGGCUGGUCGCUCAAGGUCGUCUUUGGCAUGCUCAACGACUGCUUUCCCGUCUUUGGCUACCACCGCAAGCCGUACAUGCUCCUCGGCUGGUCGCUGUGCGCGAUCUUGCUGGUCGUGCUCGCGGUCACGCCCGCGGGCGAGCAAAACUCGCAGUCGGACGGCUCGACGUUUGCGCUCAUCUGCACGGUCUGCGGCUUUUGCUACGUCAUGGCCGACGUCGCGCAGGACGGUUUGAUGUUGACGUAUGCGCAACGCGAGCCGCUGGCGGUGCGUGGCCGUCUCCAGUCGAUGAUUUACGGCACGCGCUUCGUGUUUGCGGCCAUCAUUGGUGCCAUCUGCGGCUUUUGCCUCAACUCGGAGCGCUUUGCCGGCGACUUUGACUGGGACAUUGGCGUCAACGGUUACUUUUGGAUUUUGGCGAUCCCGUCCGUCAUCAACAUUCCGGUCGUGUGGUUCUUCAUCAAGGACACGAAGCACGAGGCCGUCCAGUUCAGCGUCUACUUCAACCAGCUCUGGACGCUCGUCCAGAAGCGCGCAGUGUGGCAAGUGUUGAUUUUCAACUUUUUCUUUAACUUUUUCACCGGCAGCAUCGGCUCGACGGCGGGGUCGUAUGUCGCCUUGUACUGGGCCGGCGUCGAGAACCUCAAUAGCGCCAUCAUGGGCGUCGUCGGCAACAUCAUUUUUGCCGUCAUCCUCUACCUCACGGGCAUGUACGGCACGCACUGGAACUGGCGCUACGUGCUCGUCGUCACGGUCCUCAUCGCCAACGGCAUUGACGCCAUCACGCAGUUUUGCACGAUCUACGACGUGUACCGCAACCAGUGGUUCUACCUCGGCGUGCCGGUCCUUGAAAACAUCCCCACCGGCAUCAACUUUGUCGUUGGUACGUACGUCAUUGUCGAGCUCGCCGAGUCGGGCAACGAAGGCGUCAUGUACGGUCUCUUGACGACGAUCUCGAACCUCCCGGGUACCUUUGGCUCGAUGAUCACCAACAUCAUUGACGGCUCGCUCGAUUACAACAAGAAGCUCAUCAAGGAAGACGCGCCCGAGACGCGCGACCAGGUCGCGUACUCGUACUUUGUCGCGUACGGCUCGGUGCUCCUCGGAUGCUUUUGCGUCGUCUUGCUGCCCAACCAAAAGGCGGCGGUCGCCGAGCUCAAGAAGAACGGCGGGAGCCAGCCCAAGGUCGCGGCCGCCAUCUUCUUCAUCCUCUUUGCAGUGCUCUGCACGUCCAUCACGGGCAACCUCAGCUCCAUGUUCGAGUCGACGCGCUGCAUGCGUCUCGCGGGCGGUGCUGGCUGCGACGAGGCCCCGCCCAGCGGGUACCUCGCGGGUAUCUUUGUACCUGUCGGUCUUGCGGCGCUCUUGAUCGCCAAGAUCGCGUACUCGCGCCGCUAAGGGGAUCGUCGUAAAGGAGACCGACUAUGUAACUCGUGUCAUGUGUUGUAAUGAAAGUCAACCGCGUUGAGCAUUCUGGA